AUGACCAUUGCUUUUAACGAUUCCAAGUCAUGGACUCAUGGUACUAUGAGCAAAGGUUGCCGUCUUCCUUCAAAAUUCUGUAUGGUUAAAACUUUGUUUAUUCAAGAGAGCUAUUUGCCAUAUUUUUUUAUACAUGGGACAGCUGAUAAAGAAUUUGUGUGGUCACUGUGGAAACAUCUCCAAGUGUCAAGUCCAGAUCUUACUCAAGCUGUCAGCUUAGUUGUGGAAAGAGAAAAGCAGAAAGCUGAAGUCAAGGACAGAAGGGUUUUAGAGAUUUUGCAAGCCAAAGACAGCAAAAUAGAAACCCUAGGCCAGAGAAUCACAGGACAGCAGCAGGAAAUAAACAACUUAAUACAGAGAAAAAUUGCUGUCGACGAGGAAAAUGCCCGUUUGAAGAAUGAAUUCAGUAACUUGAACCAGAAAUUUAAAGAUAAAAGCCAAGAACUUAAGGACACUGAGGAGCGUGCACAGAAGAAGGAAGAGCAAAACAGGCUGGUUAUAAAAAACCUGGAGGAGGAAAAUAAGGGAUUAAAUACAUGCUGUGCUGACCUGCUAAAUGACCUGGAGAAACUGAGGAAGCAGGAGACACAAUGGAAAACAGAAAAAUCUGGCAGUGAUACCAGAAUAAAGAAUUUGGAAACUGAUUUAGCAGAAACAAGAGAACAAAUGAAAGAGUUGCACAGUAUAUGCAGUAACUUAUCGUCUCAAGUAGCUGUGAAACAGGAAGAACUCUCCCAAAAGGAUUGUGAUGUGAUCACAGCUAAGAAGGAGUUACAGGAGCUGGGGAAUCUUUACAGACAAAACAUUGAACAUACAGAACAGCAGGCUGAGCUGAUAAAGCAGCUUCAGGCUCUCAAUACCAAUACACAAAAAGUGCUGAAAGACCAAGAAGAUGCUCACACAACUGAAACAACUUCAUAUCAAAGACUUUAUGACGAAUUGACUUCAUGGUUUGAAACUGUUAAAACAAGUGAGAUUCAACUGCAGAGAAGUUGUGCCUCUCUUCAGGAUCAGUUACUUGGAAAAAAUCAAAAGAUUUGUCAGUUACAAGAGCAACUUCAGCAGGCUCACGAUGCUUUAAAUGCAGUAAAUCAGAGUUCUCCAAAAUGUGAAAUACAGGAACCACCUGUGAAACGUUCAAGGUCUCUGUCCCCAAAGAGCUCUUUUAGAGAGUCAGAGGAACUAAGGAAGCUUAAAAUAGCUGAAAAGAAGAUUGAAAACUUAGAGAAGACACUACAGCUAAAGACUCAAGAAACUGAUGAGCUAAGAGCAGCCCAUGAAAAACGCAAAGAGAGGCUGCAGAUGUUACAGACCAACUACAGAGCACUAAAAGAGCAAUUAAAGCAGUGGGAAGAGGGCGAUAGCAGGAUUGAAAGUAGUAAAAGGAGAUACGAGCGUGCAGACCCCCGUCAGCUUUGUCUAGAGGAUUCUGAUGCUGUGUGGAAUGAACUGGCUUUUUUCAAAAGGGAACACAAAAAGCUGUUGAUUGAAAAACUGAAUCUUGAAGAAGAAUUGGAUCAGAUGAAAGUAUACCAAUCUAUAGAGCCACUUUUUAAACUUAGUGAAGAUAAUGGGAUCAAGAACAGUACACCAAAGAGGAAUAUGAAAGAAGUUUCACAUCAGACAUUACAGAAGGUACAACAACUAGAAGGAAGAUUCAAAGCUGUUGAAGGGGAAUUAAAGAAACAGAAAGAAGUAAUUAAAGACUUAUUGAAGGAGAAAAAUUAUUUGGAAGAAUCUUUAAAAGUGCAAAAGGAAGAUGCAGACACAAGAGAAAGAGAGCUACUUAAGAGGAUUUGUGAAAUUAAAAAAGACAAAGCGGAACUUCAGUUAGUGAAUGAUGAGCAGGAAAAAGAAGCUGCCUCUUUGAAGAGGCAAGUGGCAGAAGCUAAAAGGUUGAGAAGUGAAAAUGAAGAUUUGCUGAGUCAAGUACAAGAACUGAAGUGUUUGCUCGAUGAAGCCAAAGCAAUGGCAACCUCUGGGCAAUGUAAUUGCAAGAUAACAGGCACCAAGGUUAAAUUAAAAACAGCCAAGAAAAAGAGCUCUUUGGGACAUCAUGGAGCUUUUCUCAAACAGUCCAUCAAGGUUAUGAGUAAUGUAUUUGAGAACUUCAGUAAGGACGGCUGGGAGGAUAUGAGUGAAAGCAGUGACUCUGAAGUACCAACUUCUGAAAGUUUGGCAACAGUGAUUAUGAAGACAGUUCAAAACACUGAUCCAGUGACAGAUAGACGUAAACAACAGGGGAUAAAGCAAAUACAAGGUAGUCAAAAGCCUUGCAACCAUGUUCAUUUAGAAGGCAAAAACCAGUGGUAUAAUAAAAAGGGCCAUUCAAAGAAAAAACACCUAGAAAAGUUACAUUCCAAGAGGAGAAAGAUCUGCUGUUCUAGAACAUCUUAUCCAUUAAUUCUAAGCAAAGUCAACAGAACAAAAAGGAGAAAUACCAUUGUCCAGAAACCAGGCUACUCUGUUACUCUACUGCAGGAAAGAAUUAAGUCACUGCAGCAGCAGAUAACUGUUUUACACAAUGAAAAGAAGACAGCAGUGUCUUCUCUGAAGGGAUUUAAAGAAAUGAAUGAAAAACUAACAACUCGGCUACAUUUGGCUGAUCAGAAACUUCAAACUAGUAAAGUGACCAUAGAGAUGUUGACCUCCAACCUGGCCAAGUGGCAACAGGAGAAGGAAGAUUUACAAGGAAAAUUGAAGUUGAGCGAACAUCUGUCUCAAACUGCUGGCAAGAGUGAAGCCACACCAGCUCCUUCAAAGAACAUUGAUUUAGAGAUGAAACAGCUGCAGUGCAAACUAAAGAAUUCGAAUAAUGAAAUCGCUAAGCAAUCGACCACCAUUAAGGCACUGAAAAAGGAAGUCCAGGAAAAAGAACAACAGAUUCGGGAACUACAAGCGAAGAUUUCUCAGUUGGAGAGGGACCUUAAUAUGAAAAGACAUUUGAUAGAAGACUUAAGGUCUCGCCUAAAAGCAAAUCAAGAAAGUAAGAAAACCUCUAAUGAAACAUUAGAAAGUCUUGAGAGAAAGGUAAAGGCACUGGCUGAAGACUGUUCAAACAAAAAAACUUCCAUUGACUCACUGAAACAAAGACUUAAUGUAACUACAAAAGAGAAGUCUCAGUAUGAACAAAUGUAUCACAAGACUAAAGAUGAGUUGGAGAAAAAGGAUCUCAAGCUUACCAAUCUAGAGAGCAAAAUGAUUGAGACUGAAUGUGCCAUGACUGAACUUGAGACUACUGCAUCUCAACAACUACAUGGCUUGGCUAAACAGAGCAAACAGGCUUUGGAAACUGUACAGAAGAAGCUGCUGCUCACCAAUGACAAAGUAGAAGAGUUCAUGACAUUUGUGAAGGCUCUAACCAGAGAGUUACAGCACAGUGUACAAGAGCUAAGAACAAAAAUCAAACAGGCAAAAAAAAUGGGUGAAGACAAAAAGGGUCUUUCCCAAGAGUCUGUUCACUUGGCAGCAUCUAUCCUUAAUGUUUCAACAACUGAUCUUCAGGAGAUAUUAGAAUCAGAAGAUGAUGAGGAAACAGCAAAGACAAAAAUGGAAUUUGAAAAAGAUAAAGAAUGGCUGCAGUAUAUACAGAAACUUCUUGAAGCAGAGUUUCCUUUUGCCUCUUAUUUAAUGGAUGCCAUACUGGAAAAAUUAAAUGAGAAGAAGAAACUUGUAGAAGAGUACAGUUCUCUCGUUAAACAUGCUGGUUGAUAUUGCUAAGACCUAUGUUUGCAAAGUGUGACUAAAAUAUGUGUGCUGUUUCCUCAUGUCUUUCCUAUUCACAUAAAGAACUGUCAAUGUGCAUGUUCAAUACAUAAGUAGAAACUGUGAAGUAAUUAAUUGUUUAACAAGAGGAUUUAAUUACAUUCCUGUUUAGAAAGGAGUGUGGUGUUUUCUGAAGAUUCCUGAAGACAAAAAUUGCUGCAUAUCUAUGCAAAGUUUAAAAUUAUUUUCCUUUAAGUGCAGACUUUGUAGAGAGAGGAUGUUUUUGAUAUGACCAAUAUGCGUUUGUAUAUUUCUGUACUAUUCAGAAAGUACAAAAACCAGCUGAGUAACUCCGGGUUAUACUAUUCAGAACAGUAGAAGUAGGAUUUACAAAGGAACUGGGAAUAUCAUUUGGAUUUUGAAUACCUAAUUUCUUUUAGCUUCUUUGUAAAUCCUAGCUUUAUCAUAUAUGCUACAUAAAAUUGUAUGUUUCCAUUAUGUUGAAAAAAUGAAAAAAUUAAUGAUUGUAGAAAAAAAGUAUUCAAUGUAGAGUAAUGCUUCCGGGAAAGGCUGUAUUUUCUUCUGAG